UGUGUUGUCGCCAAGCUGAUCGAGUGAGAGAGCUGGAAGUCGCUGCAGUUUAGGAAAGCAGAAUAAAGUUUGGAUUUGGGCCCAACUUUUAAAGGUUUAAAUGACAAUGGCUCAGGCAGAAGUUCAGAUGGAGAUGGAAAUAAUUUGCUGUUCGCUGUGUCUGGAUCUACUGAAGGAACCGGUGACUAUUCCCUGUGGACACAGCUACUGCAUGAGCUGUAUUAAAGCCCACUGGGAUAAAGAGGACGAGAAGAAACUCCACAGCUGCCCUCAGUGUAGGAAGACCUUCACACCGAGGCCUGUCCUGGUGAAAAACACCAUGUUAACAGAUUUAGUGGAGAAGCUGAAGAAGGGACUCCAAGCUGCUCCUGCUGAUCACUGCUAUGCUGGACCUGAAGAUGUGGCCUGUGAUUUCUGCACUGGGAGGAGACUGAAGGCCUUCAAGUCCUGUCUGGUGUGUCUGGCUUCUUACUGUGAGAAACACCUUCAGCCUCAUUAUGAUGUACCUCCAUUAAAGAAACACAAGCUGGUGGAGCCCUCCAACAAGCUCCAGGAGAACAUCUGCUCGCAUCACGAUGAGGUGAUGAAGAUUUUCUGCCGUACUGAUCAGCAGUGUAUCUGUUAUCUCUGCUUAAUGGAUGAACACAAAGGCCACGACACAGUCUCAGCUGCAGCAGAAAGGACCGAGAGGCAGAGAGAGCUGGAGGGGAGUCGACUAAACAUCCAGCAGAGAAUCCAGGACAGAGAGAAAGAUGUGAAGCUGCUCCAUCAGGAGGUGGAGGCCAUCAAUCUCUCUGCUGAUAAAACAGUGGAGGACAGUGAGAAGAUCUUCACUGAGCUGAUCCGUCUCUUUGAGAAAAGAAGCUCUGAUGUGACGCAGCAGGUCAGAUCCCAGCAGAGAACUGAAGUGAGUCGAGUCAAAGAGCUUCAGGAGAAGCUGGAGCAGGAGAUCACUGAGCUGAAGAGGAACGACGCUGAGCUGCAGAAGCUCUCACACACAGAGGAUCUCAACCAGUUUCUACUCAACUACCCCUCACUGUCACCACUAGUGAGUCUACAGACUCAUCCAGCAUCAACAUCCGUCCUCUGAGCUACUUUGAGGACAUUACAGCGGCUGUUUCAGAAAUCAGAGAUAAACUACUGGACUUCCUGAGAGAGAAAUGGACA